CCAGCACCAGCAGCACCAGCACCACCAGCAGCACCAGCACCACCACCAGCAGCACCAGCACCACCAGCAGCAGCACCAGCACCACCAGCAGCACCAUCACCAGCACCAGUAGCAGCACCAGCACCACCAGCAGCACCAGCACCACCACCAACAGCAGCACCACCGGCACCACCACCACCAGCAGCAGCAGCAGCAGCACCACCAUCACCAGCAGCACCAGCACCACCACCAACAGCAGCACCACCGGCACCAGCACCACCAGCAGCACCAGCAGCACCAGCACCACCAGCAGCACCAGCACCAGCAGCACCAGCACCACCACCAGCACAACCAGCACCACCAGCAGCAGCACCAGCACCACCAGCAGCACCAUCACCAGCACCAGUAGCAGCACCAGCACCACCACCAACAGCAGCACCACCGGCACCACCACCACCAGCAGCAGCAGCAGCACCACCACCAUCACCAGCAGCACCAGCACCACCACCAACAGCAGCACCACCGGCACCAGCACCACCAGCAGCACCAGCACCACCACCAGCACAACCAGCACCACCACCAGCAGCACCAGCACCACCAGCAGCAGCACCACCAGCAGCACCAGCACCACCAUCACCAGCAGCACCAGCACCACCACCAACAGCAGCACCAACGGCACCACCACCACCAGCAGCAGCAGCACCACCAGCAGCACCAGCACCAGCACCAGCACCAGCAGCACCACCACCAGCACCAGCAGCACCACCACCACCACCAGCACCAGCAGCACCAGCACCACCAGCAGCACCACCACCAGCACCAGCACCAGCAGCACCAGCACCAGCACCAGCACCACCACCAGCAGCAGCAGCACCACUACCACCACCACCAGCACCAUCACCAGCAGCACCACCACCAUCACCAGCACCAGCAGCAGCACCACCACCACCAGCAGCACCACCAGCAGCACCACCACCAGCAGCACCACCACCAGCAGCAGCACCAGCACCAGCAGCACCACCACCACCAGCAGCACCACCAGCAGCACCACCACCAGCAGCACCACCACCAGCAGCAGCACCACCACCACCAGCACCAGCACCAGCAGCAUCACCACCGCCACCAGCAGCACCAGCACCACCAGCACCACCAGCAGCACCAGCAGCAUCACCACCACCACCACCAGCAGCACCAGCACCACCAGCACCACCACCAGCAGCACCACCAGCAGCACCAGCAGCACCAUCACCAGCACCAGCAGCACCACCACCACCAGCAGCACCACCAGCAGCACCACCACCAGCAGCACCACCACCAGCAGCAGCACCACCACCACCACCAGCACCAUGGAGGCUGUUUGAGUGA